UCGGCUGUGUUUUAAAGCUGCUGGAGAUAAGUGGUGUGAGUUAGCUCUCGUUGGGAGCGAGAAUAUCAAACACACAGGAAAAUAAGGCGAAAAAUGCUGCCGGCGUCGGUGAUUCGGUGGUUCGACCUUUGGAUUUUACUCGGCAUGGUGGUGGCGCUGCUGGUGGAAGAAUGCCACCAGGUGGUAGCACUGCAGCUGACGGAAAUCAACGUGCCGGAUAUCGUCGACUACCGCCAUCCGGUGACGAUGUCCUGCUCGUACGACCUGGGCGAGAACCAGCUCAACUCGGUCAAGUGGUACAAGGGAAACGAGGAGUUUUACCGGUUCGCCCCGAUGCUGAACCCCCGCUUCAAGGACUUCCCGGUGGAGGGCGUCCAGGUGGUGACGCCCGAAAGUCUCUGCAAUCAGUUUCUGUGCCAGAUCUGGCUGACGAACCUGAGCCGGCACUCGAGUGGCCAGUACCGGUGUGAGGUUUCGGGCGACGCGCCCCAGUUUGCGCUGGCCAACGGGAGCAAAAACAUGACCGUGGAGGCGCUCCCGCAGCACGACCCCAUCAUCAGUGGCCACAUGGUCACCUAGCCCGGGGACGUGCUGGAGGCGAACUGCACCUCGGACGUGGCCAGCCUGUCGCCGCGGCUGUACUUCUUCAUCAACGAGAAGGCGGUGAGUCCCGUGGAGUACCUGCAGCAGCUGCAGGAAACCUCGCUGGAGCAGGACGGGUACACGCUCAAGUCGCGCACGCUCGAGAUGCAUCUGCCCCUGCAGCGACUCUUCCCGAAGGAGGUGGACCACGCGACGCUGCACAUCAAGUGCAUCGCCACGAUCGACGGGCUGCGGUCGGCGGGUCGCGAAAGUACCGCCAUCGUGACCGUCCAGAGCCCGCACUGGCUGUGGAUCAUCAGCCGGAGUGGUGGGGUCAGCAGCAGUGCCGGGGGAACCAGUUGGCGGCUUUUGGCUUUCAUCACUCUUCAGCUCCUGAUCCAUCGAUUGAACUGUGGCCACAAUCAACGUUUUCAGUUGGGCACGAUCUAGUUAAAAGAUUUAAAAAGGGGAUCGCUACUUACAUGCAAAAAUUAGCAAUGCAGAGAACGGUAAGGCAGAACAUUCCUUCGUAAAAUCUUCAAACAUUAUCAACAUAUUCUCGGCAAAACGAAACUAAUUCAAUGCCAAAGUUUGGCCCUGCCACGCAAAACAUAUUGCCAAAAGAAGGAUGAGUGUUAAUUUUGAGAAAGUACGUGAAUUCCCAUGAAAUACGUGAUUUUUCCCCUUUUUGGCUAAUUAUUUGCAUAAUCACAGCUAAGAGAGGUGGAGAGGGCUGGCCAGUGGAAAUUUUUCUCCGGGAAAGACUCGUGCAAAUGAGUUUGCAAAGUUGGCACGCAAACAUGUGUGUGUGUGUAUGAGGAGAAUCCUUAAGAUGAGGGUGGCGGCGCACAGAAAGAUGCGAUUUCGAAGGAAUGUUCCGUCCUGCCACCUUCGGCCGGCAUGAAGUUUGUUCGUGGGAAAUUCCUAGAAGAGAAUCAAAGUGAAAAGCAAAAGGAAGUCCCAUUUUCCUGGCGUUGUGGAUGGGCGGCGCAGAAAAGUGACACGAACUUACAGGCGAGAAAGUUUUGACGACGAGUGUGUGCGAGGCAAAGUUAAGAGGAAAAGUUUCAUUAAAGUUAAAAAAAAAGAAAAUAAGCUUGAUGUACAAAAAAAAAACACAGAUUGUAAAUAUUGAUUCGUAUCAGAGCCAAGGCAGUGAGAUAGCAAAAUAAAAGAAAUGUUAAAAAGACGAAAGAAAAAUAAAAAUGGUAAAAAAGAUCACACAUACACAACACAGUAACAAAUAUACACACAUACACACUGGAAAAAAAGCAAAUAAAGUCACACACACGCGUAAAAGUUUUUCAACAUAAA